AUGGGCUCCCGAUCGCGCGAUGUCCCCGACGAGGAGCUCUUUAUGAGUCGCCCGCGGCCGGAAGAAGACUGCGACAGCCCGACCGUCGAACCGCUAAGAAUAUUCAAGCCGCAAAGCCCGCCCAACGAUAAGAGUCGAUACAGAUAUCCUGCGCCCCCUACUUCGUCGUCUCCGGCGGGCUCAGCAGGGUCAGCUUCCUCUCCUGCUUCCAAGUCAAGCAUCGCGGCGCUUCCCCCGUUGCCGUCCUUCCCCUUCGGCGCAUCCAGCUCGGCCGCCCCGCUACCGUAUCCCGACGACGGGUUCAAGCCAUCCAAGCCGCAGCCUAAGCCGGCCAGUCUCCCAUACCCCGACGAUGGACCCAAGACGGCUUCUCCGGCCUCCGGAAGGCUCUACAGCCCGCCGCCUAUCUCUUCGGCUUCGCCUGCGCACAACCAACCGUUCCCUCGGCCGACGGUGAAUACGGGGGAGAAAAAGACGGGCGGUCUUGCUGAGCGUCGCGGGACGGCGCCCAAGCCAUUGCAGAGCCCGAUCAGCCCGGCUAGCGGUGGAGGUAGCCACGCAGACGACGAUGAGGAAGAUGAUGCAGGCGGCUUGUUUGCGAAGCCCCUGAGGAACCCGGUCGCCGCCCCUGCGCCCAAGAUCUCCAACGCUUACCAGCAGAAAUCAUAUUACCCUCCGCCCGGCGGUAGCAGCAGCAGCAGCAGCAGCAGCAGCCUCGCGCCCCCGGCCCCAGCCCAGGGCGUUGGCCGCUUCUCGUCGACCGCCUCCAACUCGACAACGCGGGCCAGCCGUGGUUCGCCUCCUCCCCCUGAGACGCCCAUUGUCGGGCCGGGCUCCGUUCCCGGGGGAGGUAUCGAGGCUCGAUACGCCGCGGCAGGCAUCUCGGGGACGGCAACACUCAAUAGCUUCACGGCCCCAAGCGCAGCGGCGCAAUCCAGGCUGGCGCAAUACGGGAACCAGCCUCCUCCGGCUACGACCCAGACUCCGCAGCCUCGGCCGUGGACACCGACAGAAGCACCUGGACAACAGCCAUUCGGCCCGCCUACCGUCUACCAGGGCGCUGAUGUGGUCUCCGAACCAUCGCCGACGCCGCCGCAGCAAACACCCGCUUUCAGCCUGCCGCCGAACCCCCAUCCUGCCACACAGGGACCACCGACGACAUCCUCAGCAGCCUCGGCAGGUGCUCUACAAGUCAGCGUUCUGGAACAAGACUUCCAGCGCAUGCAGGCCUCGACACCACCCCCCGCUUACACCAGCGUCAACCCGAACGCCGGCUCCAAGUACCCCAAUGAGAAGCAGAGACCUACACAGCCGCAUCCGAGCACGAGCGCACAAAACGCGCCCCCAUCCAGCAACACACCGCCCGCCGCCGCGGGAUCGAGCGCAAACCCCAUCGCGAGCCCCAUCCCGAUCAGCGCACCGACGCCAGUGAAGCAAGACCCCGCCAUUGCUGCGGCUGCUGCGGCUGCAGCUGGAGCGCACAACGCCGGCCACCCGGCACUGGCCAACGAGACCAAGCUCGCAGUGCCCCAGAACGGACAGCCCGGCUUGACGCAUACUCCUUCAUUGCUCGCGGCCGCCCAGUCACCACCCCCGCUGCCCGAAGGCUGGAUCGCCCACCUCGACCAGAACUCGGGUCAAUACUACUACAUCCACCUGGCCACCCAAGCGACGCAGUGGGAAUUCCCCAAGGGACCUACCCCCCUCAACCACGACGUGGCACCCCUAUCACCCACCGCUUCAACCUACGGCAACCCCUUGGGUUCGCCGUUCCUAGGCGGCGGAAAGGCUGCGAUGGCCGGGAUGGCCUCGCCCAUGUUCCAGUCCCAAGGCCACCACCCCGGAUACGCAGAGAGCAUCAUGAGCGUGACGGCCUCCGUCGCACCAUCCAUGACCGGGUUCUCCGGCCCCCCGCCGAGCGCAGGCAUCGACGUGUACAAGGUGACCCCCACCAACGGGGUGUACUUUGGCCCUUACCUACGCUACGUCAACAUGGACCUAGAAAAGGGCGUCUGGCACGGCAGUAUCCUACUCGUCACGGACGGCUCUCAACCCCCGACCAUCCACCUCCACCUGAGCGUCGACCUCUCGCCCAACCCGCGCCAACUCAUCCCGCAAAACAUCUACCAGCACCAGCGCUGGUCCUUCUACAAAUACGACAUGGACCUGCAGAUGUCGGAGCAGGGCACCGAGCGCUGGACGUACGCGGUGACUUCCCAUCUUGGGUGCACGCGGUACGAGUUUGUGGUUGCCGGUCGGUACGAGACCGGCUGGCGCAUGAUCGCACACUCGGGCAACGACUUCGCGCCGUCGACGAACCAGAACGAGCGCGCCAAGUUGGGCGGUGUCGGGUUCAUGUGGAAGGAUAUCCUGCAGAAGAAUGUCGAGUGCGGUGGGUUUCAUGUCCAGCUCGGUCUUGGGGCGCAGAUCUAUGGUGAUCGCUUGUGGAAGGAGGUUCCCCUGCUGCGGCAGUGGCUUGCUAUGCAGGGGAGGGAGAACCGCAAGAAUGCGCCGUGGACCGCGAGGCAUCAGGAGGAGGUGUCGCAUGCGUAUUUUCAUUACUAUACCAGCCACUUUGACCAGCCGUUUAUGCGGGAGGCGUUUGCGCAGAUUCCGCAUGUGUUGCAGGUGGAUGAUCAUGAUAUCUUCGACGGCUUCGGCUCCUACCCCGACUACAUGCAAUCCUCAGCCGUAUUCAAAGGCAUCGGCCGCAUCGCCAUCGACAUGUACCUGCUCUUCCAGCACCACACAACAGUCGAGAUCCUGCGCAACGUCAGCUCCGACAUGGACCUCUUCACCAUCACCGGCGCCGGCUGGCACUUUGUCAAGUACCUCGGCCCCGCCGUCGUCGUGGUCGGGCCCGAUUGCCGCUCCGAACGCACGCAGACUCGCGUCAUGGCCGGCCCCACGUACCAGGGCAUCUUCCCCAAGGUCGCGACCUUACCCCCCAGCGUGCAGCACUGCAUCUGGAUGCUCUCCGUUCCUGUUGUGUACCCGCGUCUUGAGACGGUCGAGACGCUCGCGAAUACCUUCGCCACGGGCAAGAAGGCGGUCAACACCACGUACAACAUCCUCGGCAAGGUCACCAGUUCGGUCGCGGGUGUGGUCGGUGGCAAGGAAGUGGUCCAGCACGGGUUUAAGGAGGUGAAAAAGGCUGUUGGAAAGUCGGGGCUGAUGGGCAACGUGCUGAACCAGUUUGGCGAGAUUGAUAUCGCUGAGGAGCUGAAGGAUUUGUGGACGCAUGAGUCUAAGGAUUUGGAGCGGACAUAUCUUAUUCGCACGCUGCAGGGGAUUGCUCAGCAAAAGGGCAUUCGUAUGACCUUUUUGUCUGGCGACGUCAACUGCGCCGGCGCCGGCCUAGUCCACGACCCCUCCCACCCCUCCGACCACAAAACCAUGUACCAACUGAUCGCCUCCCCCGUCGUCGCGGCCCCCUGUUCCAACUACCUCCUCAAAAUGCUGCACAACAACAAACUCCUCUACGUCCCGCAAAACGGCCACAAGUCCACGCACGAAGUCUCCGACACCAAAGAGGACAUGAUGGAGAUUUUCCACACCGACGCCUCGGGCAAUGCGCGCGAGUAUAAGAAACUGAUGGCGAGGAGGAAUUAUGUUGCUAUUGUGGCGUAUGAUCCGGAUGGGGGUGCUGGGGCUGCUGCUGUGAAUGGGAAUAAUGGGUAUGCGGCGAGUAUUGCGAGUGGGCAGAGUGGUGGGGGGCUGAAUAAGUUGAGUUUGGCGGUGGAUUUUGUGGUGCAGGGGGAUGGGAUGUAUACGGCCACGACCAAGUAUGGGCCGGUGAUUGUGCCGCAUUUGGAGUAUGGGCACUGA